AUGACAAAGGCGGACUGUGAAUCAGACCAAUGCUGUGAGGAGUGUAAGACCUGCCCUCCUGGUUGGACUCAGUUCAAAGAUCACUGUUAUGUGAACCGCCAUGCUUCAAAGGACUGGGCUGAUGCAGAGGUCGCCUGCAUUGGCCUCGGUGGGAAUCUGGCAUCGGUCCCUGACAAAGACACAUACGACUUUGUCAAAAACAUAAUCAACACAGCUACUGACAAAAAUGACGAAACUUGGGUUAAAGGCCAGGACACGACAAAGGUGAAGGGUGUGUGGCUGUCAACUGAUGGUACCAAGUUUCAAUUCAGCUUGUGGGGUGCCGGGCAGCCUGACAACACUAAAAACAACGAGCACUGCAUGGAGUUGAACUACCUCGGGUCUCCCAUUGACGUGGCUUGCAAUCAAAAGAGACCUUUUGUUUGCGGCAAGCGCCUUGCCGUACAUCCCCACUGA